UCCAGAGUAUUGAAGGAAUGGAACAGGUGGACUUGUAGACAUCAGAUAGUUGGCCAUGCUGUUGACAAUGGCGUCUCAGGAUGCUCAGAACCUCUUCCAGCCUCUCUCUUCCUGGAUAUAUCGGGUUUAUGAAGCUCUCCAGCAAGCAGGAGAUACGUUAUCUGCUUUGCUGGUUAACUUCAACAAACAAGACUCUAAAUUGAGUGACAAGCUAGACCAGGACUUAGAUGAUAUUCAGAUUCAGGAAACUUACUUUGAAGAUGAAGGACAAAGCAGUUGGACUCAAGAGGACAUAAAUUCCUUGUUUCUUGAAGUGGAUCAUUUCUCCUGUUGUAACAGUGAUUUGCAGGACUCUGCCCAAAGUUCAAGCCCCAGACUUAGCCAGCAUGCAAAGGACUCCUGUUCCAUAGUGACCCAGUGGCCCAGUCAGACCCCUGAUGACCAAAAGCCACCACAUGUGCUUUCUUCUAUUGCCGAGGAAGAACAUCACCUUGAAAAGCAAAGGAGUGGCCUUCAACAGGGCUUUGACAGCCACCUCUCUGGUAGUUUAGAAAACGUUAAUGGAAAAAUGCAAGUUAACAACUUUGGAGUUGAUGAGAAGCUGCCCACAUCUUCUGACAGCGAUGAGGAGGUUAUCAAACAAUUUGAGAUUUCCGUGUCCCGGUCCCAGAGUUUCCGCUCGGGAGCAUCUGAGAAAGGAAAGCAGACAGGCCUGGAGCAUGAAGCAAAACCCAGCCGCUGGCUUUCCACCCACGAAGAGGCCAGCACCGAAGUGUCUGCCUGCGAAGGUUUGGAUGGAGCCAGCCAACUGACUUAUUCUGAGAAUCUGUCUUAUGGUGAAGAUGACCCCGUCUCUGCCCACUCACAGUCCCCUUGUGAGGUGGGGGACACCAGGCACCAUGGCGCAUCUCCCCAAGAGACCAGCGUGGUCCGCAGCCUCAGCCGGCAGUCCACACAGGGCAGCUUGGAGAUGGAGACAGCUUUUAAUAACCGGAGAUUUGAAGAUUCCUAUGCCACUGACAGCUCCUCCGUGUGGAGUCCAGAGGAACAGGAUGGAACCAAUUUUCAAGUGCCAUCUGGGGUCCUGGAGCCCAUCUCAAAAUGUGGUGGCCUGGAUGUCAUCUUUGAAUAUAGAGCUGCCAGCCAGAAGCUCACAGUGACCAUCAUAAGAGCACAGGGCCUCCCAGAUAAGGACCGAAGUGGCAUCAACUCUUGGCAAGUGCAUGUCGUGCUGCUGCCCAGUAAGAAACAGAGGGGCAGGACGAACAUACAGAGAGGGCCCAACCCCGUCUUCAAGGAGAAAGUCACCUUCGCCAAGCUGGAGCCCAGAGAUGUGGCUGCUUGUGCUGUCCGCUUCCGCCUGUACGCCACCCGCAAGAUGACCUGGGAGAGAAUGAUGGGCGAGAGGCUCUUCUAUCUCAGCCACCUGCACCAAGAAGGGGAAAUGAAAGUGACUCUGAUUCUGGAGCCAACAAGUAAUAUCAUUAGUGGAGAGUCUCCGCUCAGCCCAUCUGCAGUUUCUCACAGUGGCAGCGCUUCAUCCACGCAGUCGCUGUCGCAUGGAGGGGCGCCAGAGCUGCUGGUGGGGCUAUCAUACAAUGCCACAACGGGGCGAUUAUCCGUGGAGAUGAUCAAAGGCAGCCAUUUCCGAAACCUCGCGGUUAACAGAGUGCCUGAUACAUAUGGAAAGCUCUUUCUUCUCAGUUCUGUGGGUCAAGAGAUGUCCCGCUGCAAGACAUCCAUCCGACGUGGUCAGCCCAAUCCUGUCUAUAAGGAGACCUUUGUUUUCCAGGUGGCCCUCUUUCAGCUCUCUGACGUUACGUUGGUGAUUUCUAUGUAUAACAGGCGUACCAUGAAGCGUAAAGAGAUGAUUGGUUGGAUUGCUCUGGGUCAAAACAGUAGUGGAGGGGAGGAGCAAGACCAUUGGGAGGAAAUGAAGGAGACCAAAGGGCAGCAGGUCUGCAGGUGGCACACUUUACUCGAAUCCUAGGUUUGCCAAGAGGUGUUUGUGGGCUAUACCUACCCUGGUGACCCGUGUUUUGAGUACUGAUACCAACUCAGUGCUUGCUGGCAGGCUUUU